CAGCUCAAGGGCUCUGAGGUGGCUAAGUGCACACUGGCGCCAGCAGGCUCCUUUGCCCGAGAGCCAGUGCUGUCCAAACAGCUCCCCACGUGGUGAGCUCCGAGCCUUUAUCUCAUUGGUGCCACCUGCCAAGGCAGGAAAGAAACGCCUGACCAUUUGGAGAGUGCUGGAUGGUGGUACAAUGACCCGUAUAAAUGUCAGCCCGGCUGGCUAAGGGAGGCCAGGGAAGGACAAAGGCAACUGCAGAAUAAGAGAGGUCACCUUCCAAAAUGGAGAAGUUCAAGGCUGCGAUGCUGUUGGGGACUGUUGGAGAUGCCCUCGGCUAUGGAAAUGUCUGCAGGGAGAACAGCUCGUCAGGCUCAAUCCAGGAGGAGCUGCAAAAGACCGGGGGACUGGACAGCCUAGUGCUCUCACCUGGAAAGUGGCCAGUGAGUGACAACACCAUCAUGCACAUGGCAACUGCUGAGGCCCUCACCACAGACUACUGGUGCCUAGAUGACCUGUACCGAGAGAUGGUAAAGCGCUACGUGGAGACCGUGGAGAAGCUCUCAGAACAUCGGCCAGACCCUUCCACUAUCGAGGGCUGCUCCCAGCUGAAGCCGGAUAACUACCUCCUCGCAUGGCAUACGCCCUUCAGUGAAAAGGGUUCGGGAUUUGGGGCGGCCACCAAAGCAAUGUGCAUUGGAAUGCGGUACUGGAAGCCAGAACGCCUGGAGACGCUCAUCGAAGUCAGUAUCGAGUGCGGUAGGAUGACCCACAACCAUCCUACAGGUUUCCUCGGGUCUCUGUGCACUGCACUGUUUGCCUCUUAUGCCAUUCAGGGAAAGUCCCUGGUACAGUGGGGAAGAGACAUGCUGAAGGUGCUUCCUCUGGCCGAGGAGUACUGUAGGAAGAGCAUCCGACACAUGGCAGAGUACCAGGAGCAUUGGUUUUACUUCGAAGCAAAAUGGCAGUUCUAUUUGGAGGAAAGAAAAAUCAGAGAAGACUCAGAAGACACGGCCAUCUUUCCGGACAACUAUGACGCAGAGGAGAGAGACAAGACCUACAAGAAAUGGAGCUCAGAGGGCCGAGGGGGACGGCGCGGCCAUGAUGCCCCCAUGAUAGCCUAUGAUGCCCUUCUUGCCGCGGGGAGUAACUGGACUGAACUCUGCCAGCGAGCCAUGUUUCACAGAGGAGAGAGCGGAGCGACAGGGACGAUCGCUGGCUGCCUGUUCGGGUUGCUGCACGGCCUGGCCACGGUUCCACGGGGCUUGUACCAGGAACUGGAACACAAAGGCAGACUAGAGGAUCUGGGCACAGCCCUGCAUCGCCUGUCCACAGAAGAAAAGUAAAGUGUUUCUGACAUUUUCCCUCCCAGAGGGCAGCCCACAGCGCCCGCAACUUAGGCUUAGAGCGUCCCCUAGGAGAGGGCAUCCGUACUCAGUUACACACAUGCCUCAUGGGCUGUAAUUCAAUUGUAACUCUCCCCUCCAAUAGCAAACCCUCCUCGAUACAUAAAAUACAUUGUCCUGAGAGAAUAUUUUCCCCUCACCCUCUCUGAAGUCUGACGCUCUGCUCGAACAGCACUAACAGCCGUGGCUCUCUGUUGGAGAACCGUCUUCAGUCUUUCCAAGCCCUAGCUGUGUCUACCUGCGACCCUUGCUGUCACACUGUGGGGUGGGGCCUGUCUCUUUCGCAGUCAGAUUCAUGGUAGAGAUGACUGGUGGCUUCAGGAUGUCAUUUAACCUCCUUACCGCGCUUUGGUCACUAACCCUUUUCCGGAAUCUUUAUAAAUCGAAAUGGAGAAAGC